AUGGGAGGGAGAAAGUUUGGAAUUCUCACGAUUCUCAAGGGAAUUCUAGGUGCCAGAAGAAGACUCAAUGAGAAAAAUAUUGUAUCCAGCAAGGAGAACCACAAAUCGGAAGGAUGGUUGGCAGGUGGAGUCCUAGUCUUUGACAAGAAGGGCCAACUCAUAUAUGUUCUAGAGGAGCACGUGGGAAAACCAUUUGAUAUGGAAAUACUUAACUUGGCCAUUGCAGAAGCAAGGCAAUCCAAUCAAUUGGACAAGCAAGCGAAGCACCAGGAAGAAUACUCAGAAUCCAUGCAGAUUCAAGAGGAUGCUCAGACAGCCAGAUCUUCCAUGGUUAGUAAUCCUGGCAGUGCCUUGGAUGAAUAA